AGAGAGAGAGAGAGAGAGAGAGAGAGAGACUCUGAGCUCCUCAUCGCUCCGCUGAUCGACUCAUGAUGAUGAAGAUGAAGGUUCAGGGAUGAAGAGGACGAUCAGCCGCUCCAGAAUCAGAGGAUCAGCGCUGCUUGUGUCGGAUGUACCGGAUCUGUGUUUGAUUGGAUAUGAAUGAUGAAUGUGUUCAGAGAUUUGAGCUGAUUGAAUCAAACUCGCUUCUUCAUCAUGGAUCCGAAUCUUCUCAAACUCUUCAAACUUGCUCUGAUUUUCGCAGUGAACACGCUGAUGACGAGAGGUUUAUCAGACACAGACAGCGCUGAACUGUCGUUCACCCAGCGGCCGCAGCUCCUGCAGUGCAAUCAGACCGUCCUGCUGCUGGAGAUGGAGAGAUGCGGAGAACGAUUCAGCGUCGACAUGAGUCGUGUUCAGCCAGGCGACAGAUGCAACCUCACGCACUUCAUCAGAGAGUAUCACGUGUUCUCCUACUGCACGGAGGUGAACGCCGAGCGCAUCGGCUGCUUCUGGCCGAACCCGGUGGUGGAGCACUUCAUCAUCGGCGUCCACAAGCACUUCUUCUCCAACUGCAGCCGGGGGGGCGAGGGGUACAUGGACCCGCCGGACGACACGCUCACCCUCCUCAUCCUCAUCCCCGUCUUCCUCACGCUGGCCAUGGUGGCGCUGGUGGUCUGGUGCAGCAAACGGAGCGACAUCCUGGCCUAGCGUCCGCCGGACCUGGACGGGAAGAGCGCGUUCGGAGGGACGGCGUCGCCCGAGAGGAGGCGUCCGCUGGACUCGUGAUGUUCUCCUUCAGGAGCUCCUGUGUUUCAGCUGGAGCUUUCAUUCCUCGUCUCGUCGCGAUUGCUGAUGCUGAACUGCGGAUGCUGAAUUAAUUCAGCGCUAACCGAGAGCGCGAGUGAAUAUCUGUCGGGAUCUUUGGACGGACUAAACGAAUCGUGUACUGUACAGCUAUUAUUUAAUGUUUUAAUUAAAUAAGGUAGAUUUAGACCAUUAGUUUUCGCUCGGUUCGACGGUUCGUUAUCAUCUCGACGCACGUCCCCGGUUCAUUUAUCAGUGAUUCUAGCUUGUGUUUCUCCUCUGACUCACAGGAAGAUCCUGAAACGAUCAACAGGUUCCUGCGAAACACAAACGCCUGUUAUGAUUCAGAGUAAAGCGGGACACCAACGAGAAUCGAGCGAGAACGGCCCUCCACGCACGGUAUUAUUUAUAUGAGAAGGAAAGCCGUGUAUUGUGUGCGACUUAAAGAUACAAACAAAAGACAAUAGUUGCUCUCAAAUGUCUCGCCUCGUAUUCUGGAGAAGGGCCGCGUAGAGCCAGAGCCGCUCGCGCCGCAGGAAGGAAAUAAAAAUCUUUCCCAGCGCGGCCGAUGAAUGAGAGGAAAUGGGCUGGUUAUGAUUUUCACCAAACGAGUUACAGGAACCGCUGACAUUUUCCCCAAAUGACGGUGGGUGUUUUAUAAGGACCGAACGCCUUCGUCUUCAUCUGUCUGGUCAAUCUGCAGUAUUUCUUCACCUUCUCCUGUGCAGAACAGCAGCAUAAACUUACGAUUUAUGUAUUGAGAAAAAAUCCGUAUGAUUUUAUUUCACAGUUCUAACAUAAACUAAUCAAGUAAUGCAUAUUUGUCACUCAUCAGUGAAACAGGUCAGGUUUCUGCACUCAGCAAUUCAUUGCAUCUGUUUGAUUUUACUUAAUCAUAUUUUAACAUGAAUUUAUUCAAAUAUCUUAGAAUCUGUUUAUUGUGAAAACGGUUAAAUCAAUUCAGCUGAAAAGUAUGAAGAUGUGACUAACUGUGAUAUGAGCAAUUAAUGAACUGGAACAAGCUUUGUUUAUUAAUGACAGAUAUAUAAAGCUGGUUAUUGUGUAUUUAAAGUCCAUUAGUGCUAUUAUAGAAUUCUGACCUGUUUCACUGAUGUAUAUUAUCACAAGAAAUGCAUUAGUUUAUGUUAAAACUGUGCAACUUAAAUAGAUGAAUCUUAAAUUCAAGCCUGAAUCUGUGUUUGCUCAAAGCCUCAUAUAUAUAUAUAUAUAUAUAUAUAUAUAUAUAUGUAUUCCUGUAUGUCUGUGUGUUUUGCUCCGAUCAGGUCUGAGGCGACGCUCCGUUUCUGUUCUGAGUGUAUUAUUGUAAGUCUCCUUGAGUCGACUGAGAGGGGUUUUUUUGUGCAUCCAGUGCUCACUUCCUGUUUACUUUAGAAAUCCCACACUACUAAGUGCAAGUUCACGCAGAAGCACAGCGGGGCUAAAUUUAACUGGACACACAGAUUUCCGUCACAAGAGCGUUUCUUCCACGCGGCCGCUGCAGACGUGAUGUUCAUCUGAAUCAGUCAGAGCUUCUUUCCUGCUGAGAUCACGAAUUAAACAGCUGAUCCCAGAUCAGACAUUCAUAUCCGUCGUGAGGUCAGACGCUCAGAAACAGGCAUAAAGACGCUAUUUCAGCAGAAGCGUUUCUGUUUUUCUGUUAGAUAAUAAAUGAUCUGAUUUAUUCUGUUCACAUUUGAUUCGUGAAGUGUUGAUGUGAUCCAUGUUGCGGUGUUGAUUUUGAUGUGGUUCAUCAGCUCAAACUAGGCUGGAAUGGGUGGGUUUUGUCUUUGACGUGAGCUUUGGGUCAAUACCUAAUUAUAUUGAACACAUUUCAUUAAGAGUUACGCAGCCCUUUUGAAUCAUGGGAUUUGUUUGCUCACUGAUCCUGAAUUCGUCUGUUCGUGGUAAAUUUGUCGAUUCAGCAGCACAGUUUCAUCCAGACGCCGCUGCCGUCGAUCAGAAAAACACACGUAUGCCGUACACACGAUCGUUCUUCUGUUCAUCGUGACGUCAAACGGCAGAAGGCCAAUAUAAAUGCAGGAGUUUCUCUGAAUCUCAGUUAUGGAAUAAAGGUUCUGGAAUAAACUGUGGUCUGCUAAUAUUAGUCUCUAUUGUGUCAGUGUUGCAGGAAAGGAUGCGUCUGACGCCCGUCUGGACAGACGAAUGGCCAUGGCACACAUUGACUGAGAUUUCAGAUGGAAAAAGAGUUCAGUAGAAUUUCUGACACAUUUUGGCCCGCAGUUACUGUCUGUGUACGUCACUGCGCACGUGUGCAUACAGACAGACAGACAGACGAGUGUGACACACACACACAGCAGCAGAUAAAUGAGAUCCAGCCCAAUAUAAUAUUGAUAGAGGUCGAGCAGGUUUAUGGGGUCAGCCGGCGGCUCUCGUUGGGUCUUCAUGUGUUCACGGGUCAGAUGAGCUCCUCUUCAUGUGUUUGACUCAUAAAUGAAUCAUGAACAGACUCUUUCUGUGUUGAAUCUCAAUGACAUUCGUGAUUUGUUAAAGUAACACGGCUGUAGUAGGCUGUCAAUGCGUGUCAGUGUGAUUUUCAGAUGGUAUUUCUCCAUCUCUGGACGUUGCGAUUGUGAAAGAUCAGCGUGAGGAAAUGAAGAGUAAGAGUUUCUCUGAUGAAACUGGAUUUCAGGCUCAGAUGACCUUUGAUGUGUUUCUUAACUCAUGAGUCGCUCCGUCUGUGACCUCGACGCGUGUCGGUCCAGCCGUAUUUCUGCUGCGGAUCACAGUGUGUUAUCGUGUCCGUGAUGCUCUCGUCUGCAUCGGAUCGGUUUGACGUUUGACCCGCAUCUCUCCAUCGAACGCCGGCAUUGUUGAAUCAGCGUUUGCAAACCGUCCAGCGGGUGAAAGCAACAAAGAUCUUCACAUGAUCGUCACAGUGACUGAACACAAACCCGUUCUGCUGAUUAAAUUGUAAAUCAUACACACACAGGUUCAAUAUUUCCAAUGUUAUUUACAAUAUUUGUGCUGUAAUUAUGACUGGUUGCUAGUUUCAUAGUAAUUAAAUCUUUUUUUUAAUUAACAUCAACUAAGAGUAAUGAUACAGUUAAUUGUCAUAAUUCGUUUUUUUCUAGGUCAAAAAAAGGAAACAAUUUAUGUUAUUAUUUUUAAUCAUUUACUUUCCUAACAAUAUAAGAUCACUUUAGUUCACAUCUUCAUUUUAUCCUAAUAUCUUUAGGAUAUCUGGUAUCUAAAUUAAUAUCGAAAUAGUUUUUGGUCAUCUUGAGGCCUCCCGGUAAAGAUCUGCUUAUCUGGACAAUAUUCAGAAGCUGAUCAUCUGAGAAAUUAAAGCCAGAGGAGCGUCUGUCAGUCGGCGUUCUGUGUCGGUUCUCGUGUGAAUCGGCACUGACGCGUCGAUCUCUGGAUGUGUCAGUGUUUCCAUGAUGGGUUUGGUGACGGGGGAAUAACAUCAGUUUAUAGGACGAGUCGUUACUGUCCCAGGACGGCAGAUCUCACUGCCCUCUCUGUUUAUACUGUGAGAAGAUCCUCAGAAUCGUCCCGACCGUGUGACACGACUCUGAUGCUGUGAGAAGCGUCUCUUCUGCGCGUCUGAAUCGAUGUAUCGAUCUGAAACUCGCUGAGCCUCAGUGUUUCCGACACUCCCUGUUUGUGAUUUAUCGAGCGGCUGAAGCAGACGAACUCUUAAGAAGCACACGAAGGACUCGGAAAUCAAUUCCAGCGUUUGUGUGCGAGUAAAACGAACACGGCAGCCGUAAACGUGACCUUCACACGGCCGUGGAUCCGAGAGGCUUCAGAAUCACUCAAAACCAGUCCAUUUCACAGAGACCCGGCAGGCAGGCCGAGAAAACGCAGCAAAUCACCUCAUUCUGUGUGGAAUCAUAUUCUUGCAGCAUGUUUAUUUCAUCAUCGCAGUGAGAAACUGCCAAAAUAAUGCAUCUCUAAUACAUCAGAGUGUUUCUCUGCGAACAACUGCAGACAAAAUGGAAACAUUCAAGACCGAAAUACGCCGCUUUCUGACGAGGGUUUGCAGGAGUUUGACUUGAGAAGUCGAUAUAUCAACGCUCGGCUGAGCAAAACACAGUUGAAGUGAUCCGUUUAUACCAUUUUUAUUACAAUAUUUGUUGAGCAGAAACAGUGAUUGUUUUCUUUCACAUUUACUGUACUGUUUCAAUGAAUUGUUUUGUUUUAGCAUUUGCAUUUUGCUGCACAGCCCAUUGUGACAACAUGCCCCGCUUUCUAUUAGAUGUUUUUCUUUCUUUUUUUGUAGUCAAGCCUUUAGGUUGUGUGGAAAAUACUUUCAGAAACUGCUAGUAAAUUUCACAAAUAACUACAAAAAACCCCAGCAAGUAACAUAUUGAGUUUUUCUCAAUUACUUCAAUGCGUUUCUUGAAAUUAUGCAUUCUUUUCUCAAAACUCCAAAUACAAAUCCAUAACUUCUCAUUCGACUUCCUAUUUUCAUGUCAAGAUGUCGCGCUCUUCCAGAACCGCAUGGUGUGGUCAACGGGAAAUGAUGAGAUCUGUGUGUAGAGUUUUGCAGUGACAGUUCAACAGAUCUGACUCGUGUCAAAACAGGUCAAUAGUGUUUAUAGUUUAGGGAAAUGAGUGUGCUUUUUGAUAAAUGGUUUUGAAAUUUUAGUUCAAAAGCGUGGUUAUAGUGUUUAAGUAAUUGGGAGAAACACGUAAACAUGACAUUUCACAACAGAAUAACUGAAAUAAUAUUUACUUUUAAAACUUUUAAUACUCCAGUAACUCACUCGUUUAUGGCAUAUGGAAUAUUUUCCUUUCCACGUGUAUGAAUUAAUCUGCAGCCAGUGGGAUCUAGUUUGUGGGAGAAGAGGUUUAUUCCUCCAUCUGUCCAUCCAUCCGCUACCGCGCGGCUCUUCCUCUGUAACCGCGGGCCGUUUCCUGUUCCUGCGCGUUCAGGAGGAACGCAUAAAAAAGAGCAACGAUUUCAACAAUUAUAUAAUCAGCUUCGGCCGUCUGUUUAUAGUUUCAGUCCGAUUGUUUAAAUAUUUCUGUCCUGGCGACAUUUAAUAAUGUUGGGAACGUUUGGAAAAAUCAGCUUUCAAAGGAGAAAGAACAUCUUCAUCCCCAUCAGUGCGUCUGAUUACAGGAAGUAACCUCACAGCGUUUCCUGUUAACUUCUCCUGAACGGUAGAUCCUGAUAUGACUAGGAAUGUCAGUUGAUUCAAAAUUAAAUAAAUUAAUUACUUGCUGAUUAAUAAAUCAAAUUUAAUCACAAUCAAUUAGUAUUUGUUGAGAAAACUCCUGACGAACAUCAUUAUAGUGCAGCGAUCCACUCGUUACUGUGAUAAAGGCCGGAUGAACGGACACUGGCGUGAGGUCAGAGGUCAUUAGCAUCAGUGUCUUUACACUCACACACACACACACACACGUCUGGUUUAUUAUCCUUGUGGGUAUUCUCCAUGGGCACAAAGGUUUUUAUACUGUCCACACUGUAUUUUCUAACCCUAACCCUCACAGAAAACUUUCUGCAUUUUUACAUUCUCAAAAAAACUCAUUCUGUAUGAUUUAUAAGCUUGUUUCCUCAUGGGGACCUCAGUUUAGGUCCCCACAGUGACACGAGUCCCCAUGAGUCUGUGUGUAUUUAGGUUUAGGUCCCCACCAGGAUAUAAAAACAACACACACACACACACACACACUCAGACUGAGAGAUGUUUCCUGCACUGAAGUCAGUCUGACAUGUACAUGAGGAGGAGGAAUGUUCCCGAGAGGAAGAUGUUUUAAUGUUCCCUACAAAACAAACAUCAUCAGGGUCAUUCAUUCCUGCUGCGCUGCAGAUUCACAUUCCCAUUGUCUCAUGUGACUGAAUAUAUCAGAUAAAAUACUGCGGUCACAUCUGUAAUGAUGUACGUCGUUAGUGUCUUGUUGUAGUCUUUUAACACAGUCACAGUGAAGAGAAUGUUUCACACUCUCCAUAUGAAAAUCUGAUGAUUUGUUCAGAAAUAAUAUCACAGAUGGUUUCCUGCAGCUGCUCUCUUGGACUCUUACUGUGCUACAGUGUCAAAACAUGAAGUAUUGCUAAAAAUCAAAGCCGCAGUUAUAAAUCAGAUUCUGCUGCAGUAUGUUAUAUAUAUAUAUGUAUAUAUAUAUAUAUAUACUGUGAACCUUGAGGCCGUUUCUUGUGUUUUUUUCCACUGCAGUGUAAUGUGUAAAUAAAUAAAUAACACACACUCUUUUGGGACGCUCUCUUCUGGUGAGAAUGUCUUUGAUUCUCCACAGAGACAGAAGCAUCUGAGAUCUGAGGAGCAGCAGAUCUUCACUGGGAGUUUGGGAAUAAAAACUGACUGAAGCUCUCGGGAAAAACCUUUUCAUGGAAAUACUCAAUUACACAAUCGUUUGAACGGCGUCAUAAAAGUGGAAACAUCCAAACAUCCCACACAAAACAGACCAGAUGUAUUUAUAUGAAACAUAAAACCAAUAUUUCAAAAUAAGAUUUGGAUAAGAGUUUGAAAAUAAAUGUGAUUGUUGUGAUGACCGUGCAGCGUGCAGCUGCGUGUUGAUCACCGCUAACCGAUUAUAUUCGAUCACAGAUGAGUGUCGAUCCUCAUCACUCGUUAUAUAAGGUGAGCUGAGAUUCACAUGAUUUGCCCUGCAUUUAUUCAGGAGGAGUAAACAGGGAAGUUUUGUCAAGACCAGCUGAUCUCUUCCAGUCUGUGGUUACUUGAACUCGUUAACCCUAGUCAUACUGACACGUUUCGGAACUCGGCACAGCAUACAGUGAUGAAAAACAUCGAUCAAUCAGCUGUAGUACGUUUUACAAGAAUUUCACGUUUGAUUUAAUAUGCUACUUGCCUUUUUUUUGUAAUUAUUUGUACAGUUUGCUAGUUAUUUCUGUUUGAAAAUCAUUUCUAUACCAUUUUUUCUCAGUGUAGAUGAAUCUGAUAUAUAUAUUUAUAUAUGUGUAUCAGAGGUUGCGCUAGACUUUAACAUUGUCUGUCAUUUUAAAAAUUUAGUCAUAAUCUAUUGUUACCCGUCAUUUGAAUUUUCAUAUUUUAAUCAGAAUAACAUUUAAUUGCUUUUAUUUUUGUUCUAAUUUUUCAUUUUUAAUCAUGAACCUACAGGACGCAGGCCCGUAGCCGCCUAGCGGAAGGGGUGGUUCUUUUUUUCCAAAAAGUGGACCUUUUUCAGUUCCCACCCAUUUUGUAUUUAACUAUGAGGUUUAAAUACUUCAUUUUGUUGACUACUCAUGCACUAAUUUGUGCUGUAUUAUCAUGUGUGCUGGUAUCUUAAUAAGCAUGAUUUUUUGAUUCACCAAAAAUAUUUACUACAAUGUUGUCAAACUGCUUACCAACAUAUCGCCUUGUUCAGUAAAUAUACACAAAUACCUAAAGCAGUAAGUUAUUUAAUUAAAUGAAUGACAUUUUUAAUGCAAUAAAAUCACAGAUUCUUUGUACUGACACAUAUCCAAAUGGUGGGUGGACGUGUGUCCCUCUAGGGGGGUCUGGGGACAUGUCCCCCAGGAGAAAAUUUUACACAUUUUAAAGUGAAAUUCAUUAAUUUGGUGUACGUUAAGAA